UAAAUAUAAAUUAAUAUAACAUUAAAAAGUUUUCUGUUACCAUUUCCUUACUGAACUCCAAGAUGGAACACGAACUUACGAGUUGUGUUGAAUAAGAAAUAUAACAAUCCAUUUCACAAUGAAAAUUGCAAUUGUUGGUGCCGGACCUGCAGGUUUGUGUGCAGGGAGGCACUGUCUUAAAGAGAACUUUUCAGUAGACACUUUCGAACAAACUGGACUGAUUGGAGGAACCUGGAACUACGUUGCUUGUACAGGUUACGAUGAGGAUGGAAUUCCGGUUCAUUCCUCAAUGUACAAAGAUUUAAAGGCAAACUUACCCAAACAACUCAUGUCUUACGAAGAUCUUCCAUACAAAGUUUACCAAGAAUCCUACAUAUCGCAGGAACAAGUUUUAGACUAUAUUAAGACUUAUUCCAAAAAAUUUCGUCUUGAAGACCAUGUCAAAUUCUUCAAACGAGUUGUUAAUGUUGAACCUCAAGGUAAUACCUGGUUGAUCGAAUUCGAAGAUGUCAGAAAUAAUCGCAGAGAGGUUCAGUUUUAUGAUGCGGUUAUGAUCUGUAAUGGACAUUACAAGGAUGCGAUUAUACCAGAAAUAUCCGGAAUUUGUAGUUUUCAAGGGGAUAUUAGUCAUAGUUGUCAUUAUCGAACACACGAAAUCUACAAGGGUAAAAGAGUUUUAAUUAUAGGUGCAGGUACUUCGGGUUGUGACAUAUCUGGCAAAAUUUCAUCCGUAGCAGAUAAAGUUUACGUGAGUUGUAAAUCAAAACCCUUUUUUCCCCUUCCUGAUUCUGCAUGUGAAAAACCUCUAGUAAAAGAAAUAGAUGGAAACACAGCCGUUUUUACAGACGGUACAAGUGCAAAAAUCGACGCUAUCCUUUAUUGCACAGGAUACAGAUAUAGCUUUCCUUUUUUAUCCAAAAAGUGUGGCGUUAAUGUUACGGACAAGAACGUUCACCCUCUAUACAAACAAAUCAUUAGCAUAGAACAUCCGACCCUAGCGUUUAUUGGAGUACCACUACUGACGUGCUAUUUUCCUCUUUUUGACAUACAGGUUCGUUUUUUCUUGUCAACCCUCAAUGGACACUACAAAUUACCAUCUAAAGAAGAAAUGUUGCAACGACUUAACCAUCCAGUUGCCAGCAAGCCGUCCAGACCUUUAACUAAAUAUCACGUUCUUGGCGAAGCCACAGCUGAUUAUUUCGAAAAAUUAGCCACUGAGGCGAACAUUAAAAGAAUACCACCCGUUAUAUCGAAGUUAUUUAUAUACGUGAUGAUGAGGCGAUGUGUAAAUGAAAGGUUCAGAAUUAUUGACGACGAACGUUGGGAAAAAUUAUAAA